ACGUGGCUUUUCAGGGAGUGUAAUUUCCCUUCUUGUAAACUGUUUCGGGAAGGAAAGCAUUGCCUUGCCUCCGCAACAGUGGCAAGCCCCAAAUGCCACUUUCCCUGUCGGGAUCUGGGACCAGGUGCGGUGCCCCGGCAGGGAUAUGGCACCAAGAAGCUCCGUCUUUGCCGGGACAGUGGCCCCCACUGAAGGGACAGCAUCACGGGACGCCCCUGUGGAUGCUCCAGGCACGUUGCUGCGUGAGUGGUGCUUGUGUGGUCCUGCCCUGGAAGGGUGCAUGUAGCCUGCGUGUGGGCUGUUUCCAUCAGGAGGGUGGGGUGCUCACACAGCCUCUUCUGACCAGAGAAGAAGUGUCCAGAGGGAGGAUUGACCUGUGUUAAAAUGUACACGGGAUGUGUCCUGAUCAGGUGUGAUAAGAUGACAGACUUGGAAACUGCUGCCUUGAAAGAAGAGUUCUGGACGCACAGCUCCCGAGAGGAGGGGUGCACCACGCUGCACGGGGCCCACGAGAAGCACCAGGGUGUCAGCAGGCCGAGGGUGAGGAGGAAGCGUGGCCGAACCCGUCUCGUGGCUCCUGGAAGAAGGAAUGGGCGAGGUAGGCCCCCCCACUUGUCACCCCCCUGCAGGAGCGCUUCUCUCCAGGACCCCUCAGCACAAGAGGCCACUCAAGCCACAGCCCCGUGGACAGAGUCCACACGUGCGCACGGCCUCCGCUCCCGGGGCCUCGCUGCGCUUGCUCCCGCGGCUGCAUCAGGGCUCGCGCCCUUCCCGCUGCUCCCGCCUCUCCUGGUGAGGAGCCCACACUCCCGUAACCCAGUCCCCAAGGCCCUGAAACGUGAGCGUCAGCCUCUCGGGCAGAGCCACGGUCCUCGAGACCUGCUAGGCAAGACUGAAGCACGUGUCGAUCUGCCAGCAGUGGAGUGCUGUUCAGGCUUGCCCCAAGGUCGAGGGCAGACGUUCUCGCCGCUCAGAGGAAGGAGAAGACACACAGCAAACGCAGGAGGGGCUUUGAGGCGCUUUCUCACCCUGUGCCUGAGAAAAGCAGAGAAGAAACAGACGCGGAGCCAAAAAAUGAGACAGACAUUGGUCACUUGGAUCACUGGAAAAAAUCAGGGUUUGAGGGUGAGUGGGAGAAGCAGAAAGAAGACAAGACACAGAUUCUCUGCAUACAAGGAGGACGGAGCCCCGGGUCCCCCAGGUCCGACUGAGGCGGGAGUGGCAAUGUGCUGCAGAGGAGGGCGUUUCAGCCAUUUGGCUCUUAAACCUGUCGCCCUGGGUUCAGUACUCGGAUCUGACACUUGGUGGCUGAGUGGCCUCUGCUCCGUUUUCUCCGUGGUCGGGAUACUGGUGGCAUCUGCCUCACAGGUCACUGGGAGGACUGCGUGGGUGGCACGUGUGGCAGCACCUAGCAGAGCCUGGCACGUGGCACAUGGUAUGUGCUCCACCAGUCCCAGUUCUCGAUGCUGCCUUCCUAGGGCUGUGGUUUCAGCGACAAGUAAAGGGAUUGAGGGGGGUGCUUGGUUCCGCCAUGUCCGUUGGUGGAGAUGCACACAGCCUACCUCGUGGGCACGUGCAGCGCAGCACCGUAGGUGCCCCUGGCUGGAGCUGGCUGGGCCUCUGCAGGGUGGGCCCACAGACGUGACGGAAUUGUACACGUGGCCAGGUUUUCAUGUCCAUGGGACGAGAAGAUGAAAGGAGGAGAUCAAAGUCUGCCUGUUAGAAGUGAAAUUCGUUGAUCAGAAUCCAGAGCACUAAGGAUACACCUGAAGCGUCUUAUUUAUGCAAACAUCUCUGCAACCCCAAAAUAAAUCCUUUUGGGAAAGCAGAAGCACAAACAGCCUUCUCUCUCAGGUUUUGUCUUUGGAACAUGAGUGCCCCUGUGUGGCUCUUCUGCAUUAAUUUGAAUACCGUCCAGCACUAGACUUGAAUAAAACCCGAACAGGAAGCUGAAUGUUGACAAGUUCUUUUCAUUCUGGAAAGUGAAGCUUAGUGUGAUUCUUAGGUGUGGACUCCUUAUAACCGCCUAUGUUGAGAUUCCCAAGCUGCAGCCACAAGUCCACCCGGUUAAGCCCUCAGCUGGUCAUGGGGUCUCAGGAGCCCCCCUCGGAGGAGAUGGGACUCAGACAUCCAGGAUAGACAGUAUGGAGGAGAUGAAAAGAGGCAACAGAGCAUCACACAGUCCAAGGCCAGUGGUCAACAAAGACCCAUCAGGUCCCGUUAAGGACUUCUCUGUUUCGUUUCCAAGCCUCCCUCCCCAGCGUGGCUCGUUUGCAGGCCUCAAGCCCCACGUGCUCGGAUACAUUGCCUUGUCUUUCUGGAUGCCUCCUGGGCGUUUCUGAUGCUCCUGUCCUGCUAGGCCGAGACCAGAACUCACACUCAUGCCCUCAGAGGCCGAAGAGAUGACAUCUCAGUUCUGCAUGAAAAUUCACGGCGCUGCAGUAGCAUUCACAUUGAAGAAACGACGUGUCAUCUACUGCUUGCAUUGGGAGGAACCCCUGCUUUGCAGCGGUAACAGCACCAAACUGGCCAAGUCUAGCAAGAUGGCAGCAGAAUUCCAGCUUUCCUAGAUCUUGGGGCGCCUUCGCUUUUUAAUCCCCCCCUCCAACACACACACUCUCAGUGCAGUGUCUUAGUGCAAGAGUCUUGGUAGCCUUCCCUGCUACUGGGCCUUGGUUUCUGAAACUGAAUCUUGGUGCGACGAGUGUUGGAGGCGGGGUGGAGGGAAUUGUGCUUCUUUCCCUUCUAGAACAGGAACUAUGCAGAUUGGCGCAUCUUCCAGAUUUUGGCCAUGCAGGGUGUCAGGAGUGAUUCUCUGUUCCCCAGGUGCAGAGGGCAGAUGGGAGGUACUGUCACAUUCCCCUGGGGAUGGGUGCACCGGGUGCCCAAGGACUCACCUCUAGAAACAUCCAAGCAGCAGCUUCUUUCCCUGAGAAAACUUAAGCUCUGUCUAACCAGGCACUUCGCUGGACAUGCUGUGUGGGAAGCAGUUCUGACUCGGCCUUUCAACGUGUCCCUUUACCCUCCGUGAAGUGCACACAGGUAAUCAGACCAGUGUUAAGAGAACUCCUUUCCCUUCACAGCUCUGAGGAAUCUUUGGUGGAAGACGGAUGUGGGACGUCUCAUUGUGCCACGUAAUCCAAGAUGACAUGCAGUCACUAUACAACUACUGCUGAGAUCAGAAUCCAAGUGUUCCUGGUAAAUGUGGACACAAUCUAAUUUACAUCUAUUUUUUAAAAAUAGGUUUUCAGUAACUGAAGGAAAAAAAUGUAGCCUACCAUAUUUCGUUUAGCUCUGGGUAACGGUUCCCAGUUUUACAGAAUGCAGGUCCCUGCAACACUGUUCUCUGUACGUAUUUUCAAAUUCACUUAUGCAUAGCGCCUCUCAACGUGGAGCAUGACAUUACUAGAUAUAGCUUGUUAAAGUAAGCUGUUCUGGGAAGAAUGUGUAUAGAAGGAACUCUCAAAUGUCCAGUAAAGCCUCUUCACUCAGCCCCAAACAUAAAAUUCCCCUCUGUGCCUCCACUGCAUGCAGAUGGCUCAUGCACUGGCUUUGGAGAAGUGCUUGAUGCAGGUUCUGCAAAAAUUAGUGAAAUGCAAUGGGGAGAGAUGCCCCUGCAGCUGGCAAACAGUCAG